AUGAGCGGUGGUGAGGCGGCUCGUGCGGCAACGGGCAGUGCCGACUUUUCGGCGUAUGUACGACUGGCUAAUGGGUGCAGAAAAUUCUGGGACACGUAUACGGGCGAGUGUUUGCAUACUUUUGCGCAUAGUCACAUUGUGCGCAGUGUGGCUCUGGAUGCAGAUGCACAAAAGCUCCUCACUGCGGGCAAUGAGAAGAAGCUACGUCUGUUCGAUCUCGGCAAGCCGCCGACCGACGCUGCUGGGGCCCAACUGUUCCGCACGAAUGAUGCUGGGACGACGCACGAAGGCCUCAUCCGCAGUGUGGUGCUGGGACGUGGCGUCGACACGGCGCAGACGAUUGUGACUGCAUCGGAAGACAAGCUGAUUCAAUGGUGGGAUUUGCGGACCAUGGAACCCGUGCAUGACAUGGUGCUAGAUGCGCCAUUUGUCUCGAUGGAGCGGUGUGUUGGCUCGUUUGGUGAGUACGUUACUAUCGCCGCGGGGCAUGAUGCCUGGUUUGUGGAUCUUGGCACGCACGAAGUGGUCCAAAAGCAUACGCUGGACAUUACGCCGUCCUCCAUUUCGCUGCACCCCACAUCAGCCGAUGCAUUUGUAGCUGGGUGCACGGCCGAUGAGUGGGUGCGCAUGUUCGACUAUUCGACGGGCCAGGAGCGGGACCUGUACAAAGGCCAUCAUGGACCUGUGCACUGCGUCAGCUACUCGCCCGAUGGCGAAGUGGCAGCAAGUGGCAGCGAAGAUGGCACGAUUCGUUUGUGGCAGACAAACCCAGGAAAGAAAUACGGAUUGUGGUCGUAG